UGCAGCUGAGCCACUCAGCUGCAGUUUGCAGAAAGUUUGAUCUCAUCUGCGAAAUGGCGACUUCAGCUAUGGCUGGAGUUUCUUGUCUCCAGGUGGGACCACGCCAAGGCGUGUAUUGCAGGUAUAGCCUAGCUAUUCGAGUCAACGGAAUCAUGCAAUCCUCUCUUUACCUGUCUUGCAGACCUUCUGUGGUUCUGACUGCGAUGCCAGGCGGCGGCUACCAGCAGCAGUACAUGUCAACGGGAGGUGGACGGCUCAAGUGGAGACUGUCACAGUUCAAGAGUCCAGAGCACAACUACAGACUCAGAGCCAGGGCCGAUAUGGAGGAAAAUCCUCCAGAGAACAUCCCUCAAAUUGCUGGUCGGAUCAUUGAGAGGCCUUCAUCUGCAGCUAGCCAGCAGAGAGCAACACCAAAACUGCCUCCCAAGAUUACCAAGUCUCACAGCAGCUUCAACCUCCACCACGCCACACCCUAUAGUGGUCCCCUGGGUCCCAGGAUACAACCACAACAGCAGGCAACUGCCGGACCUGGAAAGUUUCUACGAACCAGCAGCGGACCGAUCAUUUAUGAGAGACACAGAAAGUCAAGUACAGCCCCAGUGUUCUCAAUACAGGCAUGUUCAGUUACUAUCCAGUCCAGACCACUUGCCAGGUCUCUGACAGCACCACCCAAGAAGAUUGCACCGCCGGAUGAGCCGUUCCCAUACCCAGACCCCGUCCUAGUGGGUGGUGACCAUACAUUUAACAUCAGACUGGCUGAGAUGGCUGGACUCCAGAGGGAGACGGCCAAGCUUGAAGAGUGCCGAAUAAGAAUAGCCAGACGUAAUGCUGCGGCCAAUACAACCGGUGCUAAUGCCAGUACUCAAAACAGUACUGCUUCUUCUAGCCUCCAGCCAAACAACCCUCACCAGCCUGGUGUUAGGUCGUCAAAUGGUGGAGCCAACUCUGCUGCCCAGUCUGUCAGACCAUCUAGUGGAGUCACCAGAGUGUCAAGUAGAACUGGACUGAGUCGUAAGACCAGUCUCCCAGCUGGAUAUACUGCCACUGCUGUCCAACCACCGCCACAAUUGCCGCCCCCAUCUUCACUACCAGAUUUAUCACAGACAACUAAAGAUUGUCCUCCUGUCGUGAAAAGAACUUCGUCACCUCUCUCUAGCAUCUCUGAAUGCAAGAGAUCAUCAAACUCUGAUGCAUCUGCUAAUCCGUGCCCUUCUCUUACAGACCCGAGGAAUAAAACCCCUGCUAAAUGUCAGCUGACACUACCGGUCAAAAAACAGACAAUUCAUUUAGAGAAAAGGACACAGUACAGAAGGAAACAGUGGAGAAUAGAGGGGCUAUCGAAGGCAAUGUCAAUGAGGGUAUAGAAGAGGUAGGUGCUGUUGAGAUAAAGGAGGUGGUUCCUAGCAGUCAUCACCGUGACCUUGUGGGGGCCAUAUUCUCCCAAACACCCAAACUGACACAGAGUCCCAAUGUUGAGUCCUGUACACAGCCUACUUGUGGUGCAGGAGUCAGUGGUGUGGGUGAUAGCAAUUCUAAACCAAGUAAAGUUGAACCAAGUACCACUGGCAGAUCCACUCAUACCAGACCAUCUUCCGCUGGACCCAACACCCCCAAAUCAAAGAACACUACACAACACACUCCAAGUCCCACCAAGCCACUACAAGAGACAUUGUCUCCCAGUCCCAGUACACCAGUCAGUCCAACCAGUAAAACCUCACCCCCUUCCUCGGCCUCUUCUUCUAGCAUCACAUCUGAACACUCGCCCCGCCCAGCCUCUGGCAGUUCCGGCAAGAAACCUCACAAGUCAUCCAGGAAUAGAAAAAGCCACAAGAAAUCACAUGGAAGACACAAAAACACUUGAAAAAGUAAUCGUCGUAUUCUAGGUUUGGGUGUUAU